UUAUCGGAGUCAAAUUUUCUUGAAACAAUUAAGGAAAUGUUUUGAAUAUAUGCAAUUCUUAUUGUUUCCUGUGAACCUGUCCUCCAGCACGAAUGCCUCUGUCUUCCAUAUGAUUAACUGACCAAAUUUUACUUCUCUGAAAAAGUUCAAGUACUAACAUGCUUUAAUUUUUUUCAUUCCGUUCUACUCUUUUAAUUUGUGUGAAUUCUGAUUUGUUUUACCUAGUCACAGUACAAGUGGAAACAGUGUACUGACGUUGAGUCAACUGCAACUAAGACAACCGGAAAUGGCUCGUACCUGAAGACAGACACUCUCUCCAUUUUGAAGAACCCGUAGCCAUUCGAUAAUACAAUUGAUCAAAUCACACUGAAUAUUUACAAAUAUGGAUGAAAGUGAAGUUACUUACUACCUGGACGAAAGUCAUGACGUCUAUGCUUUCGACGAAGACAAAUUGCACCGAAUGGCAAUGCGGUACCGCAAAAUAUCCUCUCAAAUGAUCCAAAUUUAUUUGGAUAGUUGUCAUUUUGGCGAACAGCACAUUAUUCAAAGUAUGCUGCAAGAAAACGCGCUGACCGAUCACGUGGUCAACUAUCGAGACGCAAACGGCAGAACGGGCCUGUCAUACGCAUGUGAGUAUGGCUACGACGAUAUCGUGAAAACACUAGCCAGGUGUGGCGAACGAGUCGUGGACCCGAACAUAGCGGAUAAAGACGGCAAUACGCCUUUAAUGUUCGCGUCGCAAGCUGGCCAUGAAAUGUGCGUGUCUGUUUUACUGAACUAUUUUCCAAACUUAGACAUCGAUCAUAUCAAUAAUUUCGGACUGAACUCACUAAUGAAAGCAGCCAUUCAAGGUCACUCGGAAUGCGCGCGCUUUUUAAUUUUAUCGGGAGCUUCGCCGUUUGUACCAGACAGUCAAAAAAACCUGACUCCAGACGCUUGGGCAACGUACUGUGGUCGACUCGGCACUGCGGAUUUGAUUAAAAGACUGAAAGUUACCCUCGGACCCAAACUUUGUUCUCUAUGUGGAUAUACAAAACCAUUGGCUAGUUGUCCAGGACAUGCUAUUGGAUUGUGCAAGACACAUAGUCCGUAUACUUCGAGACUGGAUAUCAAUUUGCAAAGCACUCCACUGCCCUCGAAGAAAAUCACCACUGGUGAGGCUCCUCGACAUUUGACUACUAAAAUUAGUGCAUGCAAAGUAUUUGUACAUUGCCCAUCGGGAAGUGUAGUAAAAAUUCACUCGCCACAUGACAGUUCCGAAAACAGUUUAGCGCACGCCGGUGAAAAUCACACAGAACAAGAAGACGCUUGCGAGUCUAAUUUCGAACAACAUAUGAACUUAUUGCAGACGGGAGAUGCUGUUAUGAGUACUGCGUCUAGUUGUCCUGCUCUGCCAAAUUUUGCAAACAGUUGUAAUUUGCCAGGCUCGAAAGAGAAUAUUUCAGCAGGAGACCCUACCAGUUUGCUUUUGUCGAGCAAAAACAAAGUUUCAAAGAAGUCGCCGAAAAAAGCAGGAUUCCACAGGAUCAUUUCGUGGUUCACAUGUUUCUCGUCUAAAGAGGUCGCGAGUAAAGAUUUCAGUCCCAAAUUUGAAUCAAAGAGUGUUGAAAUUAAGCAUAGGAAGAAAGGAAGCAGUUCGAGGCGUAGAAAUUCCUACUCGAGACAAGCCCAAGUGUCGCGACGGAUCAGUUUUUCAUCCUAAUAUAUGUCGUCUUAAUGUUAUUUUUUAGACAAAAAAUGAAUAAUUUAAAUUCAA